GUAUGUUCACUCCAAUUCAAUUGUUCUGAUUCAUUCGGUCCAUCUGCCAAACGCUAUCUUAAAAAAACAAAGAAAAAGAAACGACAUCGUUCGCCAAAAGCUUUGUGUCGUCUGCUUUCCUUUCUCAAACUGGAUUAGUUGCUUAUCGGGGAUUGCUUACACCUGCUAAGCAUAAUCUUACUUCCCCACAUUUGCGAAUCAGUUGGUGAGUGAUAGUGUGUAUAAAAAUGGGGUUUAUGAGAAACAGAUACUGGGUACUGAGACACGGGAAAAGCAUUCCUAAUGAAAAAGGUUUGAUCGUGUCAUCAAUGGAAAAUGGAAAGCUUGAGGAAUACAAGUUAGCUUCAGAAGGAAUCAAUCAAGCACAAUUGGCUGGAGAAUUAUUCCUAAAGGAACUCAAGGAAAAUAACAUUCCAUUAGAAAAUUUAAGAAUUUGUUAUUCUCCAUUUUCAAGAACAACUCAUACAGCCAAAGUGGUUGCUUCGGUUCUAAAUCUUUCCUUAGAAGGACCCCAAGCUAAGAUUUUUGAAGAUCUUCGAGAGCGUUACUUCGGUCCUUCAUUUGAACUUCAAUCUCAUGAGAAAUAUACAGAAAUAUGGGAUCUUGAUGAAAAAGAUCCAUUUAUGAAACCAGAAGAAGGUGGGGAAAGUGUUGCUGAUGUUGCUUCUAGACUCACAAAUGUCUUGCUACAGAUCGAGUCUCAAUUUCAAGGAUGUGCAAUCUUGAUAGUCAGCCAUGGUGAUCCGUUGCAAAUCUUGCAGACAAUAGUCAAUGCGGUUCGUGAACAAGUGGGACCCGAUGGUGGUGACUUGGCAGCACAGCUGGCGGCUGUUAAGGUUCGAUCGGUUCUAUCACAACACCGAAAGCACGCUUUGCUGACUGGACAGCUAAGGGCAGUUGUGUAAAUUCUCACUUGGUGGUGACCAAGUUGCUGAAAAACGUUAGAAAAUCAUUUUAUUUGUUAGUCAUGAAUGAGAUUUGGAGUUCUCUUUAAUUCAUGAAACAUGUAAAUGAAUAAUAUUGAAUUAUUCAUUUACAUGUUUUCUUUUUAUGUUAUUUUAAAUUUUUCGGGCUAGCUUAUCAACUAUCAGCUAGCUUUUCUCUUAUUCAGUCAUACAUAGCCCAAAUCAUGAUGAAACAUUUCAAAAAGUUUAUGUUA